CCUCACUCGCACUCCAGUACCCGGUGGUAGUCGAGGGUGGCAUUGUUUGCCGAGCGGAGGACGAGCAGGAGCUUUCUGCGUCUGUCGUAUCUCGUUUCUCUUUCUCUCUCUCUUUCUCUCUCUCUCGCCUUCGAGGACCUUUCCACCUGUCGCCGGCGAACCUGCGAACGACGUUACGAGUGAGCCGCGUCGUAGGCAUGAGGUCCUGUUUGCUGUGGCUGUCUAUCCUGUUGGUCGUCCUGGCCGACAGGAGCUUCGCCAGUCCUUAUUUCGACGAGGAAGACGACGGUCUCCAAGCCGGUGGCGACUCGGAUUAUACGGACAAUGCUUUGGAGAAUCUGAUGCGCGCGGCGCAGCAAAAACGUACCUCGUUGAUAUACUUGUUUAGGCGGGCCUGCAUAAGACGCGGCGGCAACUGCGACCACCGGCCGAAGGACUGCUGCUUCAGCUCUAGCUGCCGCUGCAACCUCUGGGGCUCCAAUUGCCAGUGUCAACGGAUGGGUCUCUUCCAGAAGUGGGGCUAAGCCUCCCCCCUCCCACCCCACCUCCGGCCUUUGCUCCUGUUCUCCUUUCGUUGGUCUUCCUUGAACUCCCCUUGCAUCUCGAUUGACGUCUCUUUUCCCCUUUCCUUUUUUUUUUCUUUCUCGUUUCAUUACUCCGCCGGAUUGACUGUCCUCCGACGAUGUCCUCCUUCGAGCACUCGGACGUUCCUCCCGUAUAAUUUCACCCAGCCGAUGUAUCUGUCUAUCCCACGGGCGUACCGGCACGACGUUUUCGACGCUUGCGAUUUGUAUCCUCGACAUAAGACAAUGGCCUCGAUGAUAAUACGCUUCGAUGAGAUCUCCUCUUUCGCGUGUCAUAGGUCCUCUCGGUAGAGAGAGAGGAAUGCGCACACUAUUACGAGAUUAUCAGGAUCGAUUGUUUACAAAAAGCGGGGGGAAACUCAGCUGAGAUACGUCGACGUUCGCAGAAUCCUUCCACGCGCGAUUUCUUUGUUGUUUCCCUUUCUGUGAGAAAAUCCCUUUUCUCCGGUCUCUCGACGCGCGAUCUUUCACGACUACCUCUCUCGCGAUAUUCGAUACCUGGGAUACGCUGCACCGAUCAUUCUCAGUUAGUAGUCGGCUAACGAGUCCUUGUCCCUUCCCGUAGCUCCGGUUACGAGAGACGGAUAGGAGGAUGGGAGGAAGUGCAGUCGAUUAACGAGCACCGGUCUCGGUGCAGCGUCUGAUCCUCGCGCUGAUUGAACGGCGACUUUUCGGCGGGAAUUACCCGGCUCAUCGUGUCAAAAUGUAACGCCGGGGCUUACGUGCGUUCGUUCCGUUUUCACGACCGCCGUUUUAUUCGCCCGACCUCCUCCUCCUACCCUCUCGGGGACUUCUUUUUUCCCUCGUCGUUUCAUCCUCGUCAGCGCAGAUCGUCGUUGAGCCGACAGCCGGGGAUGCCGGGGAACGCAUACUGCGCGCUCAAAGGACCUCGAUUCACAUCAAUCGAUCGUCCCCUCUGUGCUGCAGCGGCUGCUUCGGAUCUUCCGGAUGGGACGCGCGAAGAAUGCAACCGUGUGAAAAUAUUUUAUUGUAACUGUUUCUUUCCUCACGCUCGGCGCGUUCUUUCUCCGUGACCUGCCGUUCCGCCGAGAUAAAAGUCUCGGGGUCGUGAAACCGACGACUAAACUCUCUGUAAUAGGACACACACUUGUAUCCGGCGGCCAUGAGCCUCGUCGUCUGAUUUCUCCACGAGUUCAGAUAAUGCGUAUAGAAUAUAUGUGAAUGAUAAAAAUCAAACAAGUUGCGUUUGUACUUCACGACGACGGCACUCUCUCCUCCGGGAAUUCGUCAACCCUCCGGCCUCCCUUCUUCGCGAAAAUUACGAAAAAUAAGAACUACGAAGAAACAGGAAAUUGUGAAAUUGACGACACGAAUAAAAUAUCGGAAGCAUUAUGUCACACGUUUGUAUUACACGGCAACAUUAUGCGCGCGAAGAAUUGUAUCGGUACGAGACUUCGAGUGUGAGAUCGGUUUCUAUUCUCGCGCGUCGCAUCGCUGCCCUCCCACCGACGACCUUGCCGCAGUCUCUUUAACAGUCUCUAUCUUCAGAGAAUCGCAGCUCGACUUCUAUCCGUAUAUAAUAAUGUCGAGUAUCUCGUAGUCGCCGUCUUCUGGACGACGCGACGUCCUUCCGCGACGAAUCGAGCUCGAUUCUCUGCGCUCUUCGGCGCCCUUCGCAGUCCUCCUGCGCGACGGCACGGAAAAUUGGCACAUCGGUGACGAGACGCGCGCGGACAAAUUUUGGGAAAUUACCGUCCUCUGAUUGGAGAUUCCUUUCCGGCCACUUUCGCUAAUCAGAUCGUCGGUAGGUUCCUCUCUCGCCCGUCGACCCGUCGAGGACGAUUGCGAACAAGUCGAUAGAAUUAAUUGAGAUCGGUGCGAAGAGAGAGAAAGAGAGAGAAAGAGAAAGAGAGAGAGAGAGAGAGA